AUGGCCUGUAUCGUUGCCUUUCUUCUCACAGCGUCAACGAACUUUCAACCUUCGAAUCACUUGAUUACUGUGACCAGUGACAUAUCAUACUAUAGUUACAGAGUCUUUCCUCACCAAGGUAAUGAAUUUCCGCAGGCUGACGGUAUACUAAUGAGCACAUCGUCGAUCGACGACACCAGGACUUCCACUGCCGUGUAUUGCUCACUUUUGUUAGGGAGUCAAGGAAUCAUUACUAUGAUUACAAAACUUCCUAUGCUUCAAACCGACUUAGUUUAUAAGUACAUCAGUCCGGAGCCCGAGCAGCUUCAAACAUGCUGGGAAAAUAUUAAAGAUACUGUGAAAAGUCUAGGAGGAGCUCGCGUAAAAUACUCGGACCUUGAGCAUACGAUAUGCACUCCCAAGACUAUUUCCUACCUAGCCUACACUGACUCUGUUUCAGUCAUCGGAGAUUAUCGACAUUUCUUUCCGAGGAGAGAAUACAGAGCACAAAGACCCAUUGUUGUUUCCGAGAGAUUCUCACUGGAUCAGCUAAUCGAAAAAGACCACAUUUUCCGGCGUACUGACUGGGAUGACACCUCGGUAGCACUUGCUUGGUACCAGGGAUAUUUGCAUCUGUUUGAAGCCAGGCUCAAUGGCUGGUAUCCCCUCACCAAAAUAGGACAGGAGUCGCAGAACGGAAGGAUGAUUUUUAUGUACAUGCUUGGCACUGACCUGGGAAUUUGGAAUUCCAAUGGUCGUCUAUCCACCAGAAUAAACGACCAGUUGAAAAAAUUGAAAGAUGAGAGUGAAUUUAAACAUUUUUAUAACCGCCUAUGGGAUACUGAUUAUCCACAUACACUGGGCAAACAGUUGGAUCUAGCAAAGCUUCAACCAAUUGUUCCUAUGGGCAAAAUAGGUCGUGAUAUCUGA